AUGGAUGCAGCCUCCAGCGCAGAAGCCCUGCAGGAGCUUCAGCAGCACCUGUGCACAGAGACAGAGCCAAGCAAGCUCGACCAAACCCUCCAGAAACUCUCUUCCCUGCCCAAGCUCCGUGACACCCUGGCACAGAUGAACUUCCAGCAGACCAUGGAGCUCUUGAGGAAAGACCAGCUCUUGGUCCCCUUUGCCAAGGACUUGGCCGCCAUUUGGUCGGAGAGGUCCCAGUUUGAGCCCCAUCCUGAGCCUGACCGGGGGGACUUUGCCUUCGCGUUGAGCCUGAUGACAUUGUUGCCCAGAAACUGUCCAGAAGACAAGCCCCGAGAGUCCGCGCCAAGGGAACACAGACAAGAUGGGACAGAGGUCUUCCACAGCCCGAGCCCGAGCCCGAGCCUGAGCCUGGGACUUGGAGCGAGCCUAAGCCCACACUCAAGCCUCCAGGAAAGGGUGACUAGCAGCCCAAAGCCAGAGCCAAGAAGAAGCAAGAGGCCAAGAGUGUCUUUAGGGGACCCAGAGCUAGCUGCACAGAACCAGGUGCCUGUGGCAAAGCCCCGAGCAAGUACAGAGGAGCCCUGGCGGCUCCCAGCAGCCAAGGCCAUCUCCAGCGAGUCAGGUGCUAGGAGAAAGAUUCCAGGCCACUGGAUGGAGGAAGGGCCCCCAGCUGAUCCUUUGGAGGCCUGCCUCAACUCUGACAGCUCUCCUCCUUCCUCUGCUCUGCAGCUGCAGCUGCAGCUGACUGGGUGCAAGAGGAGGGGGAAAAGCACCCUCAAAGCUGAGGCCCUUAGUCCUGGAGCCAAAGUGCCCUGGGGCAAGUCUCCAAGGUGCCAAGAGCCUAAUGACAAUGGCAUCCUCCCUGGGAGUCCCCUUGCACAAGAGCCUUCCAGUCCCCAAGCUGGCUUCCCGCUGGGUGGCCAGGAGCACUCUUCCUGGCACACUGACUCAGACUCCCUGCCUUGGGCACACAGGACCCACUUCAAAACGCCUGUGUAUUCAGGUCCUGCGCCUGCCUGGCUCCCGCAGAACUCGCAGCAAGGGCGCCUUGCUGAGCCCCUUGACUGCCCCUGGAACACUCGUUGCCAAGACGCAGCUGAAGAAACUGAGCCCUGGCAGCAAGAGGAGGAGUCCCGUCGCCGCCGUCGCGGUCACCAGACACACACUGGCAGGCCAACUCACACCCAGACUGAGAGGGCCACAAUCCUCCAGCUGCAGGAGCCCCCUGAGCUGAGGCUGCAGGCCCUGGUAGCCCGCCUCAAAGGCGCGCCAAGAAGCCUGGAGGCCGCCAAACCAAGAUGGUGGCCUUCCAGGCUCAAGCCCCAAGCUCAGGCCGGCAGGCAGAGUCUGGAGCCAGAGGGGCGGCCUCCUCCUAAAUGA